AUCUGUAUUGUAGGGCUUAAAAAUCUUUACUUGUCAAGGUAAGACAACAAUUCUUAUGGCUUCUUCUUUCUUGUUGUACUGUAAUCAUCCAAAAUAUAUGAAACCAAACGCUUUUCAAGGGUUUGUUGUGCCUACAAGGAAUCUCAGUAGAACCACAACACUUCUCAUUUCAAAGAAACCCAUCUCACCAAAACCAACAACUACAGUUCUUCCAAGAUGCAAAUCUGUUUCAAGCUUGACUUCAACUGCAGAAGAGAAUCUAGUCCUUGAGGAUCAAGAAACACCACCACUCAGAGAGGUUUGGAAGGAAAUCCAAGGUUGUAAUGACUGGGAAGGACUAUUAGACCCCAUGAAUCCUAUCCUUCGGAAAGAGAUUCUUCGAUGCGGUGAAUUCGCACAAGCCUGUUACGAUUCCUUCGACUUAGAUCCUCGUUCGAAGUAUUGCGGAACCUGCAAGUACCAAGGUGCCCAUUUCUUCGAAAAGCUCGAAAUGGCAGAUCGAGGCUACCAAUUGAGUAGAUAUCUCUACGCAACAUCAAACAUCAACCUUCCAAACUUCUUUCAGAAAUCAAAAAUGGCCAGUAUCUGGAGCCCACAUGCAAAUUUUAUGGGCUAUGUCGCAGUAUCAACCGAUGAAGAAGAAAUCAAACGGUUAGGAAGACGAGACAUCGUAAUAGCAUGGAGAGGCACAGUCACAUACCUUGAAUGGAUUGCAGAUCUCAAAGACAUUCUUCAUCCAGCAGGUUUCAGCGACGAUUCAUCCAUUAAAAUCGAGUCAGGCUUCUAUGAUCUCUACACCAAGAAAGAACAAGAUUGCAAGUACUGUUCUUACUCUGCUAGAGAACAAGUAUUAGCUGAAAUGAAGCGUUUGAUCGAAAGAUAUAAAAGAGAUGAGUUAAGCAUCACAAUCACAGGUCAUAGCCUUGGAGCAGCACUAGCCCUAUUAAGUGCUUACGAUAUUGCCGAAAUGAAAGUUAACAUUAGACACGACAGUGAAAACCAGAGUAAAAUUCCUAUCUCUGUUUUCUCAUUUGGGGGUCCUCGAGCGGGUAAUCUUAAAUUCAAGGAACGCUGUGAUGAGCUUGGAGUAAAAGUCCUGAGAGUGAUUAAUGUUCAUGAUAAGGUUCCUACAGUACCAGGGAUCUUCACAAACGAGAAGUUUCAACAUCAAAAAUACAUUGAAGAUGUGAUUGAUUUCCCAUGGAGUUAUGCACAUGUGGGUGUAGAGCUUGCAUUGGAUCAUAAAUAUUCUCCUUUUCUCAAACCCACUGGGGAUCUGGGUUGUGCACAUAAUCUGGAAGCUCAUCUACACCUUGUGGAUGGAUUUCAUGGCAAAGGACACCGGUUUUGCUUGGCAACUAAGAGAGAUAUCGCCCUUGUUAACAAGAGUUGUGAUUUCUUGAGAGAUGACUAUAAUGUGCCACCUUACUGGCGUCAGGAUGAGAAUAAGGGGAUGGUGAGGAGCGCCGACGGUCGGUGGAUCUUGCCGGAGAGACCAAGGAUGGAGGCCCACCCACCUGACACUGCACAUCAUCUUGAACAGGUGCUUAAGCUUGUGAAUUCACCCAUGGAGUAACUUUACUGUGAUUGAUAUUUUACCAACUUUGUAGGUUCAGUUUCCAGUUCUUUUAUU